CUCUCAGAGUAGGCCUUAACUUGAUCAUUGGGCUUCUUUCACUAAAACUGGACUCUUGAUUCAGGACCCAUAAUCUGAAUAAGCGUUAUUACAGGUCAAAAUUCAAGUGUCUGAAAACAGACAGCUGACCCAGAACUAUGAACACUCAUUCAGAAGAGAAGGAUGUGAAAGCACCUAAUUUAUAUGAAAGAGCCAAGGAGGAGGUUGAGGCAGUAGCUCACAGGGAUGGAUCUCCUCACCAUCAUAAGGAGACGCAUGGAACAAGUGACGAUAUUGAUGAAACUACACCAGUUGAGGCAGUGAAAGGUCCUGGUGUUUUUCAACGGGCAAAGGAAGAGAUUCAAGCUGUUGCUGAAGCGAUUGUUGAAAUAGUCCAUCCUAAAAAAUAAGCACAUCAUCAGGCAUUGAUGUAGUCCCCUGUAAGACACUGUUUUAGCAUAAGCCGUCAUUCGUGAUGUUGAUCAUUUGCUGCUUUACCUUAUCGGCUUAUCCUGUAAUAUGUAACAUGCUGUUAAGUAAUUGUCAGGGAGGAAACAAAGAACAUGUUUCAAUUAUUUGUUAUUUUUACUGUAUGUUUGUAUAAGAAAUGAUAUGUACACAUUGUUUUAAUGUUGAUAUACAUCUUACUGAAUUGUGUAA